CACACAUUAAAUUAUAUAUCUUCAAAGGAAAUAAAACAUGCAAAAAGAAAUGUUUCGUCGGUGCGUGUUGCUUGCGUGCUGCGUAUAUGCAGUUUGGGCCGCUCAACUGUUUUCUUUUCAGGCAGGGAAUAACGUUGUUACGGACGAACACGGUGACGUGUAUAGUAUUGAACAGACGGAGCGAAAAACUGGCGGGAUGGAAAUGACCAUCAAGGACUCCCAAGGCGUGAACGUGCUCCGCGUCCUCAACGUCGAGGGAGUGCACAUUGAAAUUCCAAGCGACAGGAAAGUGUGCAUAAUUAGAGAUGUAUUGAAUGAGUUGGAGGCUGCCAAGUGUUUCGAGGAAGUUCCAUAUACGGACAAAGUGCCAGAUGCGGUGCGGUCACUCUGUGCGGGGAUGGAGAUCAUUAAGGCCCGGUCACUUAAAGACUGCAAAGAGGACCCGGUUAUGACGAGUAAAUACACCAUUGCUAGGGUCGCGGACGCCAAGUAUCCCUGGGGCUUGUGUUGCCGAUGGCGGCGGUACCCUGGAUGGCCAUGCUGGGGAAGAUACGGGACGUUCCCGCUCUACUGUCCCAUGCCCUGGAGCUGGCGGUGGAUCUGGGUCCGCCAUUGUGUCUGGGGUUACACCUACCCCAUAUGGUAGACCAAUACACACGACCCCUAUUUUGUCUGAUUGGGUACUCAAGCGUCGUUGCCAUCGUCGGAUACAAAUAACCGUGACUUGUUGUCACCGGAAGAAUUAUGAUAGACGGGGCAUUUAAUUAUCUUGCCUAGAAAAGCCAUUAUGUACACUUCAGUCGGCCAUUAGCUUUCUUCUCCUUUUUAAUGUUGAUAAUUUAUCAUUAUUAAGAAUGCACAGUUUCAGUCAAACCGAGCCUAUUGUUUUCAUGCUGUUGAUGUAUACUCGUGCUUCUAAAAAAUCACUGUAUUUAUAAUGAUUUGUAUAACGUUACAUUUGAUGGAAAUCUGUGAAUAAAUAUUGUUUGAAUAAUC